AUUUACACGUGAUAAAACUCAUCCAGUGUCAGGAUUCCUUUGAUACUCUCCCACUAAUUUCUGACCCCCUCACAACUGAGACCCCCUAAUCAUUCGAAGUCGUGUCGUUCAUUCACUCGGCGAGGUGGCCGGUAACUUACCCCGCAGCUAAACUUGGCGGGCGCAGCAAUAUAAGCGACAAGCAGUCACUCUGGCUAUCAUCAUCAUUCUUCUUCUUUUCACCACUAUCCUCUGGAAACACCCUUCUGGACUUUUACCAGCCCUCUCACAGCAGUCACCGCCCGACAUGUCGAUCACUCACAUUGUCAUGGUGCAGAUUAAAGCUGAGGUGAGCCCCGAAGUAAUCAAAGAUGUGUGCUCUCGGAUGCUUGCUUUGAAAGAUAAUUGUAUACACCCGACUUUCCAGAAGCCAUACAUCCAGGCCGUAUCGGGCGGGCAGGACAACUCGCCCGAAGGCAUCCAAAACGGCAUCACCCACGCUUUUGUGGUGCACUUUGCGAGUGCCGACGAUCGUGAUUACUAUGUGUCCAAGGAUCCAGCUCACCUGGCAUUUGUCAAAAGUCUGGAUGGCAUCAUCGAGAAGGCGCAGGUGGUUGAUUUCAUUGAUGGCGUUUAUUGAUCUGCUGCAUAGCAUCUUAGUGCUCAAUGCAAGGGCGUCGAGGACAGGAACAUUCGCUCGUACCCCUCGGUCGCCUGAAAAGAUUAGUUCUGAUCCCAUUGCUAGACGGAUGUGUACACCUUGGUUGUAACGUAUUGAAUUGGCCUAGUUAUUCCGAUAAUAGAAAUCUAACAUCUCCAAAUGGAAAUG